AUGAAUAACAAUCAUCAAAGUUUUGCGCAACUUUGGAAACACGCUGAGAAGCAAGGAUGGCGUUUAGUUUCGAUCAAUGACAAUAAAGAUUUACGUACGGUCUUUCCGCCCAAGAAUCACCCAGCAGCGAGAAAUCAUUGGGCGGCAACUUAUACAAAUGUUAAUUUUAAAAACAAAAUCGUAUCUGUACCACAUUGGUUCUAUUCCGAAAUGCGAAAAACUCCGAUCUAUAAACUCAACGACUAUUAUCGUCGAACAAAACAGAAAGUACAGCAUAUGUUGAAGAAUUUCCUUUUGUGA